AUGUUUCGGUCAACAGCCCAGAUACAGCACGUAUCGCUAGUCCCAAAAGGUACACCAGCCUCUAAAGCUAUCGGGAUGCUUCACGACCAUGUCUUUUUCAUACAAUGCGAUCCCUACAUGACCAAAUACGAAGCUCUGCCAACACCGGAGCCUGCUCCUUCAAUUCCUGACACGCUUGAACUUAAACCAGUUGCGCAACCGGAUUGCUACUCUGUGACAGACAGAGUUCACACGCUGCCAGCGGGGCUUUGGGAUUCUGAUGUGGUCAGCACUUAUGAGUUUAUUGACCUAGAGAAAGGCGUCUUUGUGAGAACGCGGGGUCCAGUGGGCUUGGUGUUGGAGACGGUAUGGGAUAUUGAGGAAACUGCUGAUGGGGGGUUGAAGAUCAUCGAAAACGUCACCAUUUCAUGCUCAAGGCUGAUGCUCGGCAUGAUCAAAAGUUCAUGUGAGGCUGGAUGGAAAGGAGUUCAUGGCAAGAUGCUACAACGGUUGGAGGGCACUUCCUAA